UUGUUGAACAAUAUAAAACAAAGUAUAGUUUGGAAAAUGCAAAAUCAACGAAAAGAAAAGGAAAAACGACAAGGCAGCAGAAGGUAGAGGGAGGCUUUGAUUGUCUUUGUAAGAAGAAGAGAAAGAUCCUCAAAAUUCAAUCCAAUCCAAAUCCCCACUCUCUUCAAGAACCUGCUUUCAACUCUGCUUCUUCUUCUACCUCCGCCAAUACAAAAACAAAACCCACUUCAUAUUUCUCCAUUCUUCACUAAAAUCCUUGUCUAAACUUCAUUUCUAAGAUCUCUGUCGUCUCUACUUCAACCCCAACUUUUUCUGAAUCACACCCUUCUUCUUCUUCUUCUUCUAGCUCGUAGUAAUGGAGGUGGGAUUGAUGCGAAGACAGUGGAUUCAGUAUAUAGAAGGCUUAAUCCAUGAGGGUACUCUGGAUGGUCAGUAUUUGCAGCUUUUGCAACUGCAAGAUGAGAGUAAUCCAACUUUUGUUUCUGAAGUGGUGACUCUUUUCUUUGAAGAUACCGAGGAACUUCUCAAUAAACUGAGAAUCGCUAUAUCACAGCCACCUGUGGACUUCAAAAAGAUUGAUGAUCACGUGCACCAGCUGAAAGGCAGCAGUUCCAGCAUAGGUGCACUCAGAGUGAAAAAUGUCUGUGUUGACUUCCGGACCGCCUGCGAGCAACAGAGUCCUGACUGGUGUUCAAGUUGCCUGCAACAAGUAGAGCAAGAAUUCUAUGGUGUGAAGGAGAAGCUCAGUUAUCUAUAUGCACUGGAAAAACGGAUUUUGAAUGCUGGUGGAUCCAUUCCCGCGGACUUGAGUUUCUAAACUGAUAGAAUCCAUGGAAACCAAGAUUUUCCAUUCGUUCCUGUGGAGUCUUCUUCCUCUUGUUCCCUAGGUUCUUAAAUUGACUGUUACUUGUGCAUGUACAAAUUCAAACCCUUUGCCUUUUUCACUCAGAACGCCAUUGUUUUCUACAGCUGAUUUCAACUUUCAAUUCUCGUGUCUGUUUAAGCUGAACUGUUUUUAUUGCAUAGAGUCCUCGAAGAUUUUCUGGGUGCUUUCAAAGAGGCAAAUACUCUCCUAGUCUCUUAUAUAUCUUUGUUCCCUUCGUAUUCUGCUAAUCAAAGCAUCCUGAUCACAUUGUGGGUUUAA